GCUGCUCUGACAGAGUGCAUUGAGCAGGCAAGAGAAGAGGAAGAGAAAGAAAUUCAGAAAGCAGCUGAACUGGGUGUCACUGUGGAGGAUGCAGUGGUAGCUGCUAAGACAGUGCCAGAGACCAGAAAGGAUGUAAGUGAUGACGCCACAGCAAGUGAACUGGAGCUAACCUCUGAAGCAGUGACUGCUCUGGAGACAGCAGAAGCUUCCUGUGCUGAAGAAACAAUGGAAGCAUCCCUUGCUGAAGAGACAACUGAGAUGGUUUCUGCUGUUUCACAGUUGUUAGAAACCCCAGAUACCACAGAGGAAGCUACACCAGUUCAAGAAGUAGAGGCCACUGAACAAAAUUUGAAAGAAUUGGACAAACAGACACAAAAGGUUCUUCAUGAAGUUGCUGAAAGAGUCAAGUCAGAUGUAACACAGCUGGUUAGUGAAAGAGCUGUAGCAGAAACUGUAAUUACAACAGCACAGGGACUUGAGUCAGAAGUGAAAGGUGGUGCUAAAGAUGGGAGCAUUGUAGACCAGGAAACUGUUCUGCUUGAACAGUCCUUGGAAAAUGAACACAAAGAAGAUGGCCCCCAGCAAAGUGCAGAGAGCAUUCAGGGCCAAAACAGAGUUGAAGAUAUUGUUUUACCUACAGGAUCAGAGAAAAGUGAAAUACCUUCUGUGAUGGAAAAAAGCACGGAAAGACAUCAAGGAUAUGUUGAAGAUCAUAAAGAAGUAAAUGAAGUGCAGAGGAGAGCAGAGGAAACUUUAUCACAUGCUGAAGAGUUUAACAGCAUCAAAGCCAUCACUCCCAAGGAAGAGCUGUCUGCAAAGCAGAAGCCUUCAGAACAAGAGAAACUGCCUGUAACAGAGUUGACACUGAAUGGGACAAGAGAUGAUGCUGUGCUCAACGGAAUAAAAAGCACAGAAGUCACUGUUCCUGAGGUUCUACUGCAGAGCAAGGAAAAAACUCCUGCCAUUCCUUCAAAAACAGAUGACUCAGAAGCAGAUGCUGAGCAGAGUGUGAGUAAUGGGUCUGACAGAGACUUUGCAGCAAAACAUUCUUUGGCCAUCACAGAACCACAAUGCAGAGACAAAACAACUGAAGCUCCCUCCAAGAGUGACGAAGCAAAAGGUGGCAAAGUGGAAAGUGCUGUGCUCAAAUGUGAAACGCAGCUGGAGAGCACUUCCAUUGUUACCGAGGCUCCUAUGCAGAUUGAAGCACAUGGGGCAUCUAAUUUAGCAUCAACAUGCCCAGAGAUUGUUGAAAAUGGAAGUGCUGUUAUCACUGAUAUAAGUCCUAAGAAAUGCGAAACACCCAGCAGCUUGGCUGGAGAAGAGACUGUGGGAAAAGGACAAGAACUUGUAGAAACCUUGAGCUGUCAAGGCUUUCAGAAAGAAGAUAAGAAAAAUGAGCAAUUGCUGGAAGGAGCCAAAGAAGCAUUUGAAUAUGGAAAACAGGAAGCUGUGAGGCAUGAUGAAUGUUCAGCUGCUGUCCAGCAAGAGGAAGGCUCUGACUCAGCCUUUGCACAGGCUGAAAGCUUAGGGGCUCUGAAAACACCUGUGGCUGUCGCAGCUGCAGCAGGUGGAAAGCAUGUCGUGGCAAAAACUGCGACACACACAGACGUGACAGCCAAAACUGCACAGCCCUUGGCAACCACACCAGAGCAAAUGGUUUCUCAAGAGGUCCCAGUUUCUAAUAUUGACUGUUCAGGCUGUGGGACUGCAGAGCUUGAUAGUGUGGAGGCAACCAAGCCUGGAGUAACUUGUACUUCUAUGAAUGGAGUAUCAGAAGAGCAAGAGCAGCCCCAGAGCACGGAGUAAGCCGAACACAAUGGU